UUCCUUUCUAGGAUCUUGACCCCUGCCUACUUUAUUAACUUCCAAAUAUUUUUUUACUGACAUGGACAAUAUCUCUUUGUCAAAUGUCGAUAAAAAUAGCAAAAAAUCCAAAUCAACAUGCCAUGUGGUGAUGCUCAACUCACUAUAUAUACCAAGAUCACUCCCUCACGACCCUGUCUCAUUUUGAUCAUUCAUCUUCAACAAAUCAUCCCUUCACACAAAUCAAGCUUCCAUUAAUGGAGAACUCAUUAGCCACAGAGAGCUUCUCCUACAGCUGGCUUACAGACAUACCACCACCAUCUCCCAACCUCAGACAAAUCGAAGACGACAACUUCCGCUUCGUCGUCCCUACAUCUACCGACUUUGUGAAUGCGGGCGACAUAUUCUCGGAUGGGCAAAUCAAGCCUGUGUAUGCCAUGGGCAAAUCACCGAGAACGGAGGCGGCCUCCGUUCCCGGUAGAAACCGUUAUUACAUCCUCUCAAAGUGGCGGAGAUCUUCCAAGAAGAUCUUGCACAAGUGGUUAUGGUACGUGCAUAGGAGACUACGUUGCUCGAGGAAGAGAAGCCGAGUUGAUGAUCUUCAACGGAAGGUUCUAGAAGCUUCGCCGAGGCGAAGCUCUUCGGCUUAUUCAGCUGCGGAGUUUGGUGAUUUUGAUUAUGGUGAUGAAUUUUAUUGUCUGAAAAUAGACAAGAGUCCGACUUCAAUGAGCCCAUGCCGCUCUAGUGAUGUAGAUGACAACUCAAUCACGGAAGCUAUUCUCUAUUGCAAAAAAUCAAUAGAAAAAUAAGGAGAAUUGUGCAAGGCGGAGUUGUAAGAAUUAAGAUAAUGCAUGCAUUGAGAAUUAGGGACUCGAGAGAUUGAUAUAUCGUCGAUCCUAAUUUUAUUUUAUUAUUUCGCACAUGUGAAUACUAUUAAUAGCAGUAGAAUAUGGAGUAUAUUUUUUCCUUUCCAUUUGUUGAAUCGGAAAUAAUUGAGAUGGUUUUGGAGGAGGAUAUCACCAUUUAUGAAAAGAAGGGAUCAGUUUCUUAUCAGAUAGGUUAAUUUAUUGGCAUUUUCUAUGUUGAUAUUGCAAUUUAUUAAUGGUGAGAGGGGUCACAUGUU